AUGAGCGAAAAGCGUAAAAUUAACAUAGAAUGAAAAUCUAAUAGGGACGCCAAUUAUGUGUUGACGUUAAUCUUGUGGCUAAAUAAGAUUAAAAAAAUUCGAAAAUUUUGUUACACUUGGUUUCAGGAUAUAUUCGAAAAGAAAGAUUGCAAUUUAUUUUUUAUUAAAUUUGCAUGCAAUCGAGUAAUAUGACCGUAUGAAAUCAUUGAUCGAAUUAGUUCUUGAAAAUGGACAUAA